CCUCAAAAAGACUAUAUCACCCCUAUUAUCCAUAUUAAAAUGUCAAUUUAGCCCUUCGUAGCUCGUAUGUCCGCCUAGUUUAUCUAGAUGAUAAAACUUGAAAUAUCUCCAGAAAAACCCUUGAUAAAACUCUAACACCUCACUCAAUCCACUUCUCCUUGGAUAUCCUCUCUGUUCCUACUUCAAGUUUUCUUCUUUGAUGUUCUUGCCAUAAUUAUCUUACUAUUUAUGCUCGCCAUUGAUCUUGCGUGUUCUUGAUCAAUUAUUGCUUCAUUUAUCCAAUUAGGAGGUGAAUGAUCAGAUUUGUUCCAAAUUAUUUGAAGUUCGAGCAUCUACGAAGAUACCUUCUAAUUUUUGUAUGAGGUGUCUCAUUAAGUAGAUUAGUCCUCCCAGAAUUAGCACCUGCCUACACCAAUAAGCCAAACGGAUCCGUUGGCCAUAUACUGCCUGUAUAGAGCAUUUUUCACUCUAUCUGUGCUCUGAUUUAUUACAAAGAUCUGGUGCAAUGUCCCUUGUAUACUCUAUGUCCAGUGUAAAUCCUAUUACUAGUGGUCUUGCAAAAAUCGGAUUUCAGUUAAAUAAAUCCACUUUUCUUCGGCACCCUGAGUCUGGAUUUAUUCAAUGUAGUUGUAAAAUGUCAAGUGGUAUUUAUAAUAGUUCUUGCUUUGGAAAGCCUUACAAAUACGUUGUCCUAGCAACAAAGGCCUCGAAAAUUGAUGAUGGCGAGUUAUCAUCAUUAGAUGAUGAUGAAAAUGCAAUUGAGUUUGAUUGGGGUGAUGAGGAAGAUGAUGGAUCUCCAUGGGAAGGGGCCAUUGUCUAUAGGCGAAACCCUUCAAUAUCUCACAUGGAAUACUGCACUACUUUAGAAAGACUUGGUUUAGGCAAAAUUUCAUCGGAAUUGUCAAGGUCUAGUGCAUCAUCAAUGGGAUUACGAGUGACUAAAGCUGUAAAGGAUUUUACGGAUGGAACACCUGUACUUAUUUCUGUUGAUGUUACCCGAAAAAAGCAUAAAUUAAGGCUUGAUGGCAUCAUCAGAACAGUUCUCUCCCUUGCUUGCAACAGGUGUGGUGGACCAGCAGCUGAAAGUGUAUUUUCCAACUUCUCUCUAUUGUUAACUGAGGAACCUGUGGAGGAGCCGGAGGUCAUAAACAUGGGAUUUAUGUUUGGUGAAGAUAAGUUGAAGAGUUCUGCUGGAAAUGUAAAUGAGGAAGAAGAUGAUGAUGAUGCAUUGAUUGAUCUGGAGGAUAGGCUUCAUUUUCCACCAGAGAGAAAAGAAAUUGACAUUUCCAAGCACAUCCGAGACAUGGUACAUCUAGAGAUCACCAUUAAUGCAGUAUGUGAUCCCAAAUGCAAAGGCCUGUGCCUAAAUUGUGGUACGAAUUUGAAUACCGGUGUCUGCAGUUGCAGCAAACAGGAGACAUAUGGUGUGGGUUAUGGGCCUCUUGGGGAAUUAAGGAAGAAAAUGCAGCAAACAUGAUUACUUCAUUAGCUAUAGAACUUAUCCGAGGGAAUACAACUGAAGUUAUGAGUGUAUGCUCUUUUUGUACCACCUGAAAACAGGGCCUUUUAGUUCCAAGAAAUGAGAAAAUAGUUUUAUCUGUGAAUAUAUGCUUGUUUAUCUGCCACAAAAUGAAUAAUUCUGGUUUUUCUUUUUCAA